AUGGAGACCUCCCGCUCCCCUUCCCCACAGUUUGCACCCCAGAAGCUGACUGACAAGCCCCCUCUGCUCAUUCAGGAUGAGAGCACCACAAGAAUCGAGCGGGUGAUGGAGAACAACACGACAGUGAAGAUGGUGCCCAUCAAAAUCGUGCAUUCGGAGAGCCAGCCUGAGAAGGAGAGCCGCCAGGGCCUGGCCCGACCCACUGAGCCACCAGCCUUGCCUCGCGGCCUGGAGCGUGACCAGAUCAAGACGCUGAGCACAGCGAGCCACUCGUAUUCCCGCUUCUGCGUGUACACACGCCGCGGCAACGAGCACGCAGAACCUGCCCCAGCCCGGCCCGCUGAGCCCGAGCCCAAAGCCAAGCUUGAGCCAGAGCCUGCUGGAGGUCAGGUGACCCUUGACAAGGACUGCAGCGCCUCCCCAGCGGGAUUAGGUUUCGGAAAGGUCCUGGAGAAGACAGAGGAGGACCUCAAAUCUGAGGAGCUGGCCCGUGAGAUUGUGGGGAAAGACCGCUCCCUGGCCGACGUCCUGGACCCCAGUAUGAAGAUGAAGACCACCAUGGACCUGAUGGGGGGCAUCUUCCCCAAGGACGAGCACCUCCUGGAGGAGGCCCAGCAGCGGAGGAAGCUGCUCCCCAAAGGUCCCUCCCCAAGGACAAUGGAGGACAAGAAAGAGGAGUCGAGUGUGAUGGCAGCCAUGUCCCUGACUACCAACUCUACGUACUAUAGCACGUCGGCUGCCAAGGCGGAGCUGCUGCUCAAGAUGAAGGACUUGCAGGAGCAGCAGCAAGCCGAGGAGGAUUCAGGGAGUGAGCUGGACCAUGACCUAUCAGUGAAGAAGCAGGAACUCAUCCACAGCAUCAGCCGGAAACUUCAGGUGCUGCGGGAAGCCCGGGAGACGCUGCUGGAGGACAUCCAGGCCAACAACGCGCUCGGGGACGAGAUGGAGGCCAUUGCCAAGGAUGUCUGCAAGCCCAACGAGUUUGACAAGUUCCGUAUGUUCGUCGGGGACCUGGACAAAGUGGUGAACCUCCUACUGUCCCUGUCGGGCCGCCUGGCACGUGUGGAGAAUGCCCUCAAUAACCUGGAUGACAGUGCUGCUCCUGGAGACCGGCAGUCGCUGCUGGAGAAACAGCGCAUCCUCACCCAGCAGCACGCGGAUGCCAAAGAGCUCAAGGAAAACUUGGACCGACGGGAGCGAGUUGUGUUCGACAUCCUGGCCAGCUACCUGAGCGAGGACAGCCUGGCAGACCACAAGCACUUUGUGAAGAUGAAGUCAGCCCUCAUCAUCGAGCAGCGGGAGCUGGAAGACAAGAUCCACCUGGGCGAGGAGCAGCUCAAGUGCCUGUUGGACAGCCUGCAGCCCGAAUGGCUUCCUAAGGCGGGGGCUGACUUCUCAGCUCUGUUACCUGCGGGGCUAAGCUGGGGAGUGUUCUGCCUGAAGAGAUUUCCAUGGGGGAAUUACCCGGGACUCUUACCCAUCGGCCCACCAUGGGGAAGAUACUCGACUUCAGAGAAUCCCUUCCUGGGGGCCCUCAGAAGUGCCACUGUGAAUGCUGCCACCGUGGUGGUCCUCAUCAAAAGCACCAAUUACCAAAUAGCAGGCUUCAUUGCUGCCACCUUUGGAUGGGUCCUGUCUAUCCUUGCCAUGGGUCUUGCAGAUUGGCGAUUGUGGCAAAUAGACCACAACCUACCCUACUACUCCCCUGGCGUGGUCCGUGCGGGAAUGUGGAGGAUCUGUGUUUACUACCACAACAGCAGCACAAACAUAUUUUGUCACCGUUACAGUUAUUCUGACACCUUCCUCCCUCUCGAGAUCCGUAUUUCACAAAACCUCCUGCUGGCUACUACCGUUCUAGGGCUCCUGGGGAGAGUCUCCAUCAUCUUGGCAAUUAGAGGCCUAUACAGGGAAAUUCCUCAGAAGACUGUCACCUGCAAGUACUUUGUUAUCACAGGAAUCCUGAACGUAUUAGCCAGCGCCUGUAUCUCAACUGUUGUGAUCUGGAAUUACUACACCACGAUGAAAAAAGAGGGCACUCUCCUCCCACCUUUUUACUAUGUGCCCAUCAAGCCCAACACUCAGGAAAUUGGGGGUGCCUUUCUGAUGGCGACAUUUGCUGCCCCACUGAUGCUGCUCAGUGCAUUUCUUUCUCUUUCAUUUAAACUUUCCAAGGAGCGUGAGGUGUAUCCUGAGGGUGUAGACUCCUAA